AUGAAAGAACCUUUCGUUGCCAUUGACAUAAUUCCUACUACACCUGUUCUCACUCUGCCUAGUAAUGUUACGGCUAAGCACCCAGUAACAGGUGUACUAAGAAUUUCUCUUUCGAAGCCAGUAAAAGUCAAGUCAAUAUUUAUCACUUUUCUUGGAAAAUGCGUGGUGAAUUAUAACAACGAAACGGCGACUCCAAAGACUUGGCUGUCAAAAAAAACUGGUGACGCAACUAAUAAUCAUAGUCUUCAAAUAUUUGACUCGCCUCGGACACGAAAUAGUAUGGUCAUAAUAAAGCAAACGAUAUCUUUACUUGAGGGUGGCAAGAAACGCGAGCUCACGAAAGGUGAUAACGAGUAUCCAUUCUCCUUUGAUCUGCCGACCGACCUACCUCCUUCAGUUACGGACUCGCAUGGUUACGUCAAGUACAAGUUGACCGCUGUAGUUCUACCCUCAUCUCUGUUGGGAAAACUGGCGCAGGAGAAAGUAAAUUACGUGCUGCAAAUAAUUCGUCCUCGAUUGAUGCUCAAUGGAUCAAAAAGAUAUUCCGGUAUGCUCGAAGAAAAGAUCAAGUAUGAUCUUGAAGUUCCUAAAAUGAUUGUAUUGUCUACGAAUAAAACAUUGGAUGGCACGAAUACAGGUGAAAUAGUCAUUAAUGCAAGGCUUACGGUUAUGAGAGAAAUUGCGAGAAUAAAGACAGUUAGUUUAGAAGUAUCACAAACCUCCAAAUACCUGAUAAUUUCAUCCAAUAAAGUCAUAGAAAGAUCGUUUACAACAUAUACAAAGCCAGCACUCUUAAUUGAUUUCACCGCUGCUCUCCCUUCCAUCAUGCAAGAUCAUUACUUGACCUUAGCACUUCCAUUUAUAUUGAUUUCUGAACUUUCGCCGGACAUUUCCUCUCCCUACCUCGAGAUCACACAUAAUUUCCGCAUCACCAUAACUUUUGUGAACACCAGCGUAAGUCCAUGUUUUUUGAACCCACCGGUCAUCGUGGGCUACGUUUUAGCGGAUAAGCGAAUGAACAGAAGUGCUAGUAUGAGUGAAGGGUCCGUCAUGACGCGUCAGGGUAUAUUCAAGGAACUUUGUCGACGAGGCUCCGAAGGAUGGGUAUUCUCGAAUCAGCUUCAAAAUGGCCGUCCCUCCUCCUCCUCUCAAGAUAGUUCGGGGUCGUUUGAUCUUGUAUCUCGUGUUUCCAGCCUCUCAAGUCUCACCACCUUGAACACUAGCGUCCUUAGUUCGGUGUUUGAAGAGAAGGAAGGUUACGCGGCAACUGAGCCAUGA